GUCUUCAGACACAAGGCAUCGAGUCUCCACAGGUGUUCCUGGUGUCCAGCUUUGAACUCCACCUGUACCACUUCUCUCUCUUACAUGAGACCUUAGAGAGAGAACUUCCUGCACACAAGAGAGAUGCUCUGCUGCGCGCCAUGCCCAACUUCAACCCAGAGAUCAUCAGGAAGAAGAAACAAGCUCUGAAGUCCAGAAUAAAAUACUGGGCUACUCUGUCUGCAGCUGGAGCAGCUGUUCCAGUUCCUGGUCUUUCUAUUGAUGUUGAUAUUGCUGUGCUGGUUGAUGUUGUCACAGAUUACGUUCAUGCGUUUGGUCUCGAUAUCUGGUCGCUGAAGAGACUUUCUGCCAGAACAGGUGUGCCAUAUGCUGAUCUGUGUGCUUUCAUCAUUUCACCACUGGCUGCAGUAGAAAUAAGUAUACAUCUCCUCAUUAAGGUGAUAGUCCGACUUGGGUCCGUAGCUGCAUUAAUUGCAGCAGAGGAAGUGUCCAGAUUUAUUCCAAUUAUUGGAAUUCCAAUAGCAAUGGGUCUCUCUUUCACCACAACUUACAGAAUUCUGAAUUUGAUCCUUGAUAAGCUCGCUGAUGAUGCUCAGAGGGUGUUUGAAAGAGCUUUAGGCUGA